UACGGCAAUGUCCGCCGGUAACCAGGCAGUCGGGGCUCAUCCUUCGCGAGUAACGUGUCGGAAGUCUAUGCGCACGCUCAGUUACAUCGGCAAUACUGAUUAGAACAGUCCAUUGAAUCUUCGUCUUCGUCAUCGUCGUCGUGCGAAAUCAUCGAUUCCUGGUUUCUCUCGUUCCUCACAAUAACUCCGAAUAAGCUUCACGAGGUAAAGUGCGCUAAUUAGAAGAAGACAGUGAUAUCAUCGUACUUGAAGAAACGAUCAUCAACUCUCCCUUUUGGGUAACUGACCUUGUGCAACAGCACGAAUGUCCAGCUCUUGAGAAAAGGAGCUACUUGAGCAAUUUUACGACGACGGUCUUACAGAUCGAAGAUUCUUGAGACAACUUCUCGUUCACGAGAAGCCAGAGAGAGAGAGAGAGAGAGAGAGAGAGAGAGAGAGAGGAAGAGAGAUAUACAUAUCUUGGAGCGCACGGGUCGUUUCGCACUCGUCGUAGAUAGAGGGUACUACGCAUAUAGAAAGAAGUCAGCCAAGCCGAGGUCGGGUGGAGAUUAGACGGUCUCGCGAGCCCCACCGGAAUCACCGAUUGUUACUAUCAGCGUCGUCAGGAAGGUCCGAUCCCAUCCCGGUACCACGAUCGUAUUAGUAGGCAUUCGCCAGGCCGCCAGGCUAUUACGACGUCUGGUAGGCGCGAGUGAUUGGUCCUUCUGCACGGAUUUACCGAAACACCCCCAAAACGGCAACCCGUCGUCGUCGUGGUGCUGCCGGGGCCCCGCCGUUAGCCGCGAGAGAUCGCGAGAAGGGAGCUUGGGGAGAUCGGCGGGAGGAUCGGACUGUUCGUACGCGACCAGCACCGGCCCCUGGUGCGCCGCUUGCUGGCGGCCCAGUGAGAUGGAAGAGAAGUCCUCUGCCCGAUUCUCCGAAUAUCUGUUCGCCAAGAUGGGCGGGCAGGACGUCUCGGCCUCUCAGGGUCCCCGCAAGGUGACCGCCGACACCAGAAAGUGGAUGCGAGAGAACCUGCUACUCUUGGUCACUCUAUCCGGCGUAUUCUUCGGCAUAAUUCUCGGGUUUGGCUUGCGACCUCUAGACCUUGGGGACGAUGCGGUGAUGCUGAUCAGUUAUCCAGGAGAGCUCUUCAUGAGGUUGCUAAAGUUAAUGAUUUUACCUCUAGUGAUCGCCAGCCUCAUAUCAGGUUCAGCAAGUUUAAACGCCAGGAUGAACGGAAUGAUCGCCGUUCGGACAUUGGUGUACUUCAUACUGACGUCCUUGCUCAAUGCUGUGCUUGGCGUGGCUCUAGUCCUCGUUAUUCAUCCCGGCAAUCCCGGUAUCAGGGAAUCGAUCGGCUCCUCGCAUCACGCGAGAGCCGUUAACAUAUUAGACAGCUUGCUCGACCUGGGAAGGAACAUGUUUCCGGACAAUUUGUUUCAAGCAGCUUUCCAACAAGCGCACACAGUGUACGUCCCGAAAAAACAACCCUUCCAGAACGUCACCGAUCAGUUACCAACGGCAGUCUUAGGAGAUGAGGAAUUGAUAAGAGUGGUACAGUACAGAAGCGGCACGAAUACUCUGGGGAUAGUUUUCUUCUGCUUGGUCUUUGGUACGUUCCUAGGGACACUCGGUGAAAAAGGUCAAGUCGUCAUAGACUUCUUUAAGGCAGUAUUCGAGGUCAUCAUGCGAAUGGUCUCAACCGUUAUGUGGAUGACACCAAUCGGCAUCACUUCCGUAAUAGCGGGCAAAAUACUCGGCGUGGACGAUCUGGUACUGGUGAUGUCGCAGCUGGCGUGGUUCAUCGUCACGAUCGCGAUCGGUGUCUUUUUCUAUCAGCUGGUGAUCAUGCAGCUGAUAUAUGCGGCCUUCGUUAGAAAGAACCCCUUUAAAUUCUACGCCGGCCUGGCCCAGGGUACCCUCACCGCCUUCGCCAUGGCAUCAACGGCUGCCGCUCUUCCUGUGACUUUUCGUCUGAUGACCGAGAAGCUCAGAGUCGACCCUAGAGUCACCAGAUUCGUUCUGCCGAUUGGUUGCAAUAUCAACAUGGACGGUACCGCGCUCUUCGUUGCUGUCGCCAGCAUAUUCAUCGCCCAGAUGAAUGGUAUCUACUUGGGAUUCGGAGAGAUCAUCACCGUUAUUUUGACAUCCACCGCUGCUUCCGUCUCGUCGGCCUCGGUACCAAGCGCUGCACUCGUCCUGCUGUUGGUCGUCCUAAGUGCCAUUGAUGCUCCUGUCAAUGACGUUUCUCUUUUAUUCGCGAUCGACUGGUUCGUGGAUCGGAUAAGGACCACCAAUAAUAUGCUGGGAGAUUGUUACGCUGCUGCGGUUGUCGAGCAGCUCUCGAAGAAAGAACUCAUGGCACUGGACGCAGCAGCUUAUCAAUCGGAGACUGUGCUGCCAACUACUAUCGCCAAUGGCUGUCUUACCGCCAACAGGGUACCUGAUCCUGACACCGUCGUUGUCGAGAUGCAAGACGACGCGCGGAUAACGGGGAUCACCAAGUAAACACGCUUGUUGCUUCGGAAUAUUGCACAUGUCGAGAAGUGUGACGGAAGAGACCGUUUGACUAACGGUGAGCCCCGUAAAAUAAUUUAGCGUCGCAAAAUCUCAACAGCAAGUAAAUCGACUCUGCCAUCUCAGUUUGAAUUGUUCAACGAGGAUCAAAGAAAAAAACGUACUUUGCGCCAAAGGCGCGUUUAGUUCCUCCAUUUCUCCUUGCUUUAAACAAUGCCGAAAGUUUAUUGAAGAUAUUCCGUGAGGAGUUCUGCAGGGAAGCUUUUGCGGAUAACGUGAAAUCGCCAAUGAAGACACGAAGAUAUUCAAUAGUCAAUAAAAGAAAAAAAAACCAGAACGCAUAUUACAUGUGAUGCAGGCACAGCAAUAAGAAUUGAUAUACGUACUCUGAAAGUACGGCCGAGGCUUCCAAAGAUUCGUGGACAUUUUUGUCAAUCGCUAUGACGGUAAUAAGUAUGUUCCAUAUUGUACAGGCAAAAAGUCGGGAUAAUAAGUCGUUCAACGACCCCCCAGAGGUAUAGUGAGACGUUGUCUGAUUGACCGACUCACACAUUCGAAUAAACAAUAGAUGACGAUCGUAGAUUAAAGAUUCAUCCCCUAGCGAACCCCAGAGACGGUCAACUCGAGUCUUUAUCAAAGACGCGCCGAUCGUUUCUAUAGUCGAUCGUAUUAACCAUGUCGAAUGUGGUGCCUUAUUUCAAUGCGCCAACCAAACAGGCGCGAUGAAAGUAAAAUGUCGCCUGAUUUCUUUCCUCUUCUUUUUCUUUUUGGGGGAUAUACCCUCGCGCGAAUACGUUCGUCGCGUGUAAGUGUAGAUGCCGAUUCCAAUAUCUGACGCUUCUCGAUGUGACUUAGAACAUCCUAGCUUCGAAAUCCGGGGACUGAGCAUGACUGUCAUCAGUGACGCGACGAAUAAGUAGCUUUCUAUCGAAAGAAAUAAAGAAGUUUUUUACGGUGUUUGGUAUGGGAGCUUGAUGUGAUAACUGUUAGGUAGCUAUGUGCAUACUACACAUAUCUAGGAUAAAACAAAUAUGUUUUAAUUGCCCUACAAUGUUAUUAUUAGAAUACAGUUUAGGCUACACUUUGAAGAAUCGCUCGCUUCACGUGUUGCGUGUCGAUUACGUCACUGAUUACAAUCCGAAUCAAGGGGGAGGGGGAGAAAUUAAAAAAAAAAAAAAAUAUUACGUGACAACAAUUUACGUGUUCAGCGGAAAUCAACGCAGACUCCACGCUGAAGAUACUACAAAGAAGACUAAUAAGCCGGGUAAAACUUUAAAUAGGUUUUAAAAGUCAUAUCGAUCUAAUUAUCGGACCAUUAAUUGACGGAAACUGAUGUAUAGAACUUUCCUAUAUGUUCCGCUUUUGAAAGACAAGUGUUUUUGCGAAAGAGUGCUUGUCGAGACAGAAGUUGAAAUCCUGGACGUGUAUUCUGUUAAAAUCGGAGAUAACGCUUUAUACUGUUUCAAUGAGCUCCGUCGCAAAUUUCCAAAAGAAAUUUCUCUUUCACAUGGGAACAAACGAUAUUUGAAACUUUUCGAUAUAACGUUGGUUUUUACUAACUACAAUUAUGGACGUCCAAGAUUCUAUCUCGUUGCACUCUUCUCUGAUUAGUGCUCCCUGCCGUAGAAUAACAUACCUUCCAAUAUGAUGUUGUCCAGAAUCGUAGCUUAGAAUAAACAAGUUCGUGUUUUUCGAUCGUACGUGGAGGAUCAUACUAAUUCUUCUAAUGAAUGACAAAGAGAACGGAACAUUUAAAUAGUGCAGCUCGUUGCGAGCGCCAACAAGACUGGAUAUACCAUAUGAUAAUACCGAUUUACUAGACAUAAUAAUGGGUAAACGAUUCCUACAUGGUUUCGCUAAUACUAGGCACUAGAUAGGUAUAGGUCGAUACGUGUUUCAUCGUAGAGACUGUUUAAAUGUACAAACUGUUCAAGUAUAUAGUAUUUUUAGCAAUUAAUUAAUGUUCAUUCAUCAAAAAAAAAAAAAAAAUGCAUUGCAUUAUUCAAAUUCUUUUAGAGGAUCAAUUUCUAUUAAAAAUGGAUUCAUUGAAAAAUAAAUGUAAAAUGAGAUUCUCUUAAUUUGAAUUGUUCAAAGCAAGCAUUUCAUAAAAAUACUUAGACGUUAUAAAUGAUAUUUAUAUUCUGCCAUAAAACAUCAAAGUGGCAUUUAAAAUAGAUGACAAAAAUAAGUUAGAAGAGGGUUUUAAAAUAGACUAAACUAAUUUGUAAUUACAAAUAGAACAGCUUGCAGGUUAUAAUUAAUAAUUUUUUUUAUAAAUUUAAUUGCUAGAACACGCUGAUUUUAUUAAUUACGAUUUUUCCAUUUUGUUUAAAAUAUCUUGUCAUUCAAGUGAUAUAUCGGGUGCUCCUGUGACUCGGCGCGUUUUAUGCUCAAGCAUUAAAAAAGAAUGGGAUACUAUAAUGUAAUAGCUACGGGAGCAAAACGAGCAGAGGAAACAUGGAAUAAACUUAUCAAAAUAAUCCGAAGAAUACGUGUAUACUUGUAAGGCUCAACGUGUUGUAUAACAAAAGCAGAUUUAUACGUGGAAA